UAGCAUAUGGGGACCAUUUCCUUUUCUUUGGGAACAAGAAAUACACAUAUACGAAUACGGAUCCAAGGUCAUCUUCUAAGGGGAUGGAGGCAUAACAAAAAGGGGGGAUUUUCCAAAGAUAGCAACACACACAGAGAUGUAAAAAACAUAUAGAGAAAACGGGGACAGACCCCAAAAACAAAAAAAAAUAUCAUCAUCAUCAUCCUUCAUUUUUUAUCACCAACCCCACCUUAUUCCACCCACCUGACCACCAUCGAAACCACCCCUGUUCCCGACGACCAAAACCCGUAACCAAACCACCGGAAAACACCAAUUUCUUCACCAACAACACCCAUCGCAGCUUCAUUUAUCCACCUGGACAGCACCUCUAAACACCACCCAAAGCUUCAUCUUCUUCACUUUAAAUUAUACUCCAAAUGCAACCAUGGAAACAACAUAGUCAAACCACCCAAAAACCCGCUGUUAACCAACCCAUCUGCACAACCCAGCAGAAACAGAUAUGUGAAAAUCUAAAAGAAAGGAGCUGGUCGUGGCUUCAUUUCUUGGUUUAAUUGUAAGUUUUCCGAUGAGGUCUGAUUUAUUCGAAUUCAAGUAGGUUGAGUUUUCCUUUUGGGCUUGUCGAGGUCCAUGUCGAGGGUCUGCAAAGCUCCGGCAUAUGAUGAAAUCAACUCUCAUUUGAUUGGAAUAAAAGCAUCAAUUGAGGUUGACUUCUGACAAGUUUGGAGUUGAGCCACUACCCAUCUUCCUCCAACCAAAAACUAUUAUGCAUCCAACCAUUAUAAAACAAAAUUGAAACGGAAAAGGAGUCAUGACCGGCAAUGAAGCAAACCCGCCCAUUACAGAUACUUCAAUGGAAAUCGUAUAUCAAGAAUCUUGUUUAAGAGACGAGGUCCGAAAUUUGAAGCAACAAAUGAUAGACAUGUAUCGAGCUUGGAUCAGUGGGCAACCUCCUCCAUCACUCCCUUUAAGUUACUUUGAAAAUCCCUCCACUACCUCUGUAUUGGCACAAACUCAACAGAUUCCUCCAUCAUAUCCGCUAGCGGAACAAGAAGAAAUGUCUAGGAAGCUAAAAAGCAUGGAACAAUCUCUAAGAAAUUUGCAAGGUCUAAGAGGUCUUAAGAGUGUGUCAUAUAAGGAUUUGUGUAUGUUUCCUGAUGUCCAAUUACCUCCGGGCUUUAAAAUUCCAAAGUUCGAUAUGUAUGAUGGGCGUGGUGAUCCCAUGGCCCACUUAAAAAGGUACUGCAAUCAGUUGAGAGGAGUCGGAGGCAAAAAUGAGUUACUUAUGUCUUACUUUAGUCAAAAUUUGACCGGAAUAGCUGCAGAAUGGUAUGCAAAUCAGGACAUUUCUCAGUGGCAUAUUUGGGAAGACAUGGCUCGGAAUUUUGUUCAACAGUUUCAAUAUAACAUAGAUAUGAUCCCUGACAAAAAAUCCUUGAUGAAUUUGAAGAAUAAGCCUACAAAGAGUUUUAGGGAAUUUUUCAUUAGGUGGCGAGAGCAGGCUGCUAGGGUAAGACCUACAAUGAAAGAAUGUGAGAUGCUGGAGACUUUUCUCCAAGCUCAAGAAGAAGCAUAUUAUCAGUUCUUGCUCCCUGCAUUAGGCAAACCGUUCAGUGAAUCAAUCAAGUGUGCAGCUAAUAUUUCUAUGAAUAAACCAUUCACACACAUUAAACAAAUAAAUUCUAAAAUUUACCUGUCAAUUAUAUAACCGUAUCACCUAUCCCCGCAGGUGAAGAAUAUCAUUUUCAAGCUACAGAAAGGGUCAUUUGGGGAAAAGACUCGAAAACGCCAAAACAACCAAACGUGUCGUUACAUCAGAUACCAAUUAAACAAUCGUUCGUCCUCGAACGAUGCAAGAGAGUACGAAAGAUGACGACAACUAAGGAAUUUUCAUUAUAACCACAAGGAA